AUGGGCUCUCUUAGCAACGAGAAUCAUGCUCUCGUGUAUGGUGCGAGUGGUAUCACGGGUUGGGCUAUCACCAAUGCUAUCUUGAACGGCUAUCCUACACCAGAGACCUUCGCCUCGGUCACUGCUUUGACCAAUCGCCCUCUGAGUGCAGAGGCUGCACUAUGGCCGCAGUCUGAUAAGCUUCAGGUCGUUAGCGGUAUUGACAUACUUACACCGAAGGGACUGGCUGGUCUGGAGGCAGAGAUCAAAGAGAAGGUAAAACAUGCAGCGAAGAUUACACACGUGUACUUCUUUGCGUAUAUCAUGGAUCCUGAUCCGAGUAAAGAGAUCUCCAUCAAUCUUGAUCUAUUAUCACGCGCAGUUUCGGCCGUUGAGAAUGUCUCGUCCAAUCUCAAAUGUGUUGUGCUUCCAACAGGCACAAAAGCAUACGGCAUCCAUGUUCUAGACAAAUAUCCGUUCGACUUCACAAUGCCCCUGAAAGAAUCCCACCCAAGGAUACCUGAGCCAUACGCUUCGCAAAUGUUUUACUAUAGCCAAACAGACAUGCUCACGGACAUGUCCAAAGGGAAAUCAUGGGCAUGGUGUGAAAUCAUCCCUGAUAACAUCAUUGGCUUCGUGCCAAAUAACAACAUCUACUGCAUGGCACAGGCUCUGGGCUUAUAUCUAUCCUUGUACACUGCGGUCAACGGCAAGGGUGCUGAAGUCAUCUUUCCCGGAACGGAAAAGUCUUGGAAGAUUCUCACGAACGAGACCAGCCAGGAUGUUGCAGCUCAUGUCGCCAUCAUCGCAUCACUUCGCACUGAGAAGACAUCAGGCGAGAGAUACAAUGCGGCAGACAGCGCAAAGCCGUCGACUUGGAGUUACAAGUGGCCAGUCAUUUGUGAAUACUUUGGGCUCAAGGGAGUUGGACCGCGUCCUGGUGUUCAAGGGCCUGAUCCGACCGGCUACGUUUCGGAGCAUUACGAGGAGUGGAAAGCCCUUGAGUCAAAGCACGGCCUAGUUCCUGGUAGAGUGCAGAACGACAGAAGUUUUGGAGGAUUCCCUAUGUUCAUCAUGUCGAUGAUGGACAAGGACCGCCCCCUGGAUAUGUCCAAAUGCCACGAGAUGCUUGGUGAGUAUAAGGAGGAGGUCGAUACCAAGCAGGCGUGGUAUACCGCUUUCGACCGCUUCAGAACAGCGAAAAUCAUUCCAUAA